AACGCGGAAAUUGAUUGUUUCCUCGCCCCAGCCUCGGCUGCACUUCUUGUUGCGUUUGACCAUACGUUUGUUUUUUUUAUCCGUUUCUUAUACAUUAAUUAUAAAAAAAUAUGGCAGCAGUGUAAUCCACGGAGGUGUGAUGUUGAAGAUAUAUGGUUGUCAGCAAUACUUCUGUUAAAGAUGUCCCAUGUGCUCAAACACAAUUGGCAGGAUGAUCAAAAGCCAAGAAGAUGAAUUCAUCACCGUGAGGGUUCAGGAUCCUCGUGUGAUGAAUGAGGGAUCCUGGAACUCGUAUGUGGACUUCAAGAUUUUUCUUCAUACCAACAGCAAGGCUUUCACAGCUAAAACAUCCUGUGUGCGUCGGCGAUAUAGUGAGUUUGUAUGGCUGAAGAGGAAACUGCAGAAGAAUGCUGGUCUGGUACCGGUUCCUGACCUGCCCGGAAAGUCUUUCAUCCACUUUACCAACACAGACUUCAUUGAAAAAAGGAGACAGGGUUUACAGAGCUUCCUGGACAAGGUAGUGCACAUGACAGUGUGUCUUUCCGACAGCCAGCUCCAUCUGUUUCUUCAGACUCAGCUUCCUGUUGGUCACAUUCAAGAUUGCGUAAAAGGUCACACUCCGUACAGUGUGACUGACGCCAUCCUAACCUACGCCUCAUCCAAUCGUGGCUGGGCUCAGGAGGAAGGGGGCGGGCCCAUGGAGCCAUGUCCAACACCAAUUUCUUAUGAAUCAAUUGAGAGCCCCUCUCCAAACGUUCACUCUUCACAAGAUCAGGACGGAGCUGUAGAUGAACCUGACCUGAACUCUGUUGACUUAAGUUUGCAAGAAGAUGACACGGCUGUACAUGAAGCAGCUCAGAGAGAUGAGCAAGAAGGAAGGGAGGACGGGGAGAGUUGUGGACACUUGGAGGUGGAGGUCCAUCAGCAAACUCCUAUGUUGGACACCCAAAACACUAAAGAAGGAAGUGAUCUCAGUAUACUGGAUGAGCGAACACAAAUACAUGAUAACACCGUGGACACCAAUGCUAAUGGAGUUGGAUAUGUGCUCUCACAGGCCCCCACUGCAGCAGAUAAGUCUCAGCCAAACCAUGUAGUUAAUAAUAAAAAAUUGGCCACCUUUUUUUUCUAACCUUAUUUGCAAUUCUGAGAAGCAUGUUAUAGUUUGUGUAAUAAUUUAACCCGAACUUAACACUGCUUAUCCACGAAUACACUACAUUACAACUCUGUCAUUUUGGUUCUUUAUUAACCUGCAGACCUAAGCUCUUUCCCAGCCAGCUGAUUAUAUUUGGGUCAAGCAAGAACAAAUUGACCGCUGGAAGUCACUGAGUGACUGCAGUGGUGAACAAAGUUGUCAUAGGUAUUCUGCUUAGCUGAAUAGACAGUGUGGAUGUUUUUUGUUCACAUUCACAUUUGAUGCUUACUUUUACAAACAAGGUGGAAUCUGAAAUGUCGAGAGUUAGUGGAAAUCCUGAUAGUGUAAAUAAAGAUGAUAGUAAAAGAUACAAUAAUGUAAGACAAUAUUGAGUAAGCAUAUCCGAAAAAUAAAGUCAUGCGCCCCAUGACUGAUAUGUUUUUCAGACUACUGAGAAGAAAGAUAACCAGCCCGGGAAACAUAUGACACGGAGUAAACAAAUAUCAAGGGGCAAAGUUAAAACCUCUUUCAUAGUGUCCAGGCUUCAAUAGUCUCCAGUCAUGUGUUUUUUGGGGGGUUUUUUAAUGAGUGUACAAAACAGCAUUGGUGGUCAUCCUUUCACUGAAACAGACUUGAUGUGCAUUGAUUUGAUUUGAUAGCUGUGAAUUAGUGUAGAUGAAGGAGAAGGGGAUUUUUAGGGAUGUGCAAUCUUUGGAACAGCGUUCUCCUCAGUGUUCCCUAUUAUAGAGGAUCCAUCGUGGAGUGCAGUCAACACAGUAAUUAUUGGCACCUAUUGUAAAAGUUUUGCAUUUUCUAGUCGUUAACACUCUUACAGUUUACCUCAUCCUGUAAAGUCUCCAAAACAUGUGGAUAGGUGAGACAAAAUUAGCAGAUAUGUACGUAUGCAGAUUUGACACCCUGAUUAGGACGCAAUAAUUAUUCCACAGACUACAUUUAGCAUGGCAAACACGCUUUGGGCUAAAACUGCAAGUAAUCACUGUUCACCAUCAUAUAUUAUAGUGGGUAUGGGCGUGUUUUCUCGUAUACAUCCUCUGGUCACUUAAUACACCAGUGAUGGUUUUGAAUUUAGUUUCCUGUGAAAAUUGCUAAGCAAUUCCGUUGUUCCAGUGAGCUCAGACACUGCUUUUGUGGGUUGUGCUCAAUCAUGCAACCUUUCUAAACUCAAUUGUGUCUGAUUACCUGAAACUUGAUAACCAUUAAACUGGAAUCCUACUUUGCCUACCUCACCAUUUCACCAUCUACUCACCAUCUAUAGAGGAAACAAGCACGUGCUUUCAUCUUUUGAGCACUUUUGCAACUAUUGCAGUUUUUUCAGCUGAUUAACUGAUAUUUCAUUAGGUUUAUGUAUGAUUUUAUACUUGAUUGGUGUAGGUCUAAUUUCAGCUGAAAGCUGUUUGGAUUUUCAGGCAGAUGACAAAGUACAGUGCAAUUCAACUGCAAGACUGGUGAAAAGCAGCAAUAUAGAUCCUAUAUGUUGAGCCAAGAAUUUCAUAGUGGAGUAAAAAGAAGUACGAGUUUCUAAUGAAGGGGUGCCAGUACUUCUUGUGUUGACUGUGUGUUGCUAAUUAUUACUGGGAAUAAAAUAUUCGAUUUGCAAAGUAAAAUAUUUUUGUAUACUGCAUGCUUUGUUCUUUUUUUCUGUGAUGCUAGUUACAUGAAUACCUUCUCGACACAAGUCAUGAUCAGGUUGGAGUUACUGGAUUUCUUAGCUGCACUGAAUAUUUGGCUAUAAAAAGUGACAAGCUUUAAAAAAAAAAUAAAAAAAAGAGUGCAAUAUAUUGUUAAUAAGGUGCAGCUAGAAAAUAAUUUCAGUACCUAUGAAUCCAGUGUUUCAUCUAAAGUGGUUCGAAGCUGUGGAACAGUCUACCGUAAAUAAUCCCCAUCCAACAGAAUGUCUGAUCGUGAUGAAAGGGGAAACAGCUUGCACAGAUGAACACACCCACCCACAGCUGUCAGGCUAGUAUAAAUUAUUUAAUUACCCAUAAGAGUAUGUACAUUUUCGAUGAUCGUUGUUCUGUAUCGCAGAGUGCAAUCUUCCAGAGCUCAACAACCUUCAGCAAAAUACAAGACACUACAGAUGCUCUUGAAGGUAUAUGUUAGAAACUGUUAUAGAGUGGAGGACAGAAAGAACAUUGUCUGCGGUCAUAAGUCUCCGUUACUUCUGUUCGGAUUACAAGGUCAUAGAGUACAGCAAGAGUGUGUCCAUGUGCGCUUUCAGCUGCAUCUUAAACAGCAUGUGGGAUUGAUAAUAAUUUCAAAUUAAUUCACAAGGAUAGAUUGUGGAUGGGAUACAAUAGUCUUUUGCCUCUAAUGUUUUGUACACUCAGUCCUGUAUGUAGGAUUUUUUGUCUUCUUUGUAUAUAGGAUCUUUCCUCUCUCUUGUAGUUGUACACUGGUUAUUUUACUCAUGUUUGUUGUAUAAUAUUGAGGCCACAGGAACAAGCUAUUCCAGUAGAUUGGUUGCCUCUGGCUGAUUGCACAAAGCAGAGCCACAUCAAUAUGACUAGGGGAAAGAAGAAAACACAAUAUUUGCUAAUACUCAAUAAUGCUGUAUACAGACUAACAAAUUCAAUGCUUAUAUUUUUUGCAUACUGUUGCACUAAAGCUAUGUUGUUGUGUUUUGUUUGUUUCUUCCCACUGGUUUACAAAAGGCUGCUUAUACUGUUCUAGGGAAAGGGAAAGCACUGUAAUGGAAUAAUAGCAAAUAGUACCAUUUUCUUUGAACUACUAUUUCAGAGCAUAACUUAUUCUGUUUGAAAUUUUAUACUGCAUUCGAUAUUGUUUCUCUGGUUUAAAUGUGUGGACUACAAAGAAGUACGCUUGGUUUUAGAGCAAAUAAAAUUAUGCUAGACAGAACCCAUUUCCUUUCAUUGAUAUCUUUGGCUUUUUUUUUCUUUCUUUUUUUAUCCUAAAUGGAGUCUUCAUGCUGUGAUUUUUUGAAAAUCUGUUUUAAAAAAAAAAUGUAAAAGAGACAAACUUAUCUGACCUUUAAGGUUCUGAUAUUGAUUAUAUGUUCUAAUGACAAAUAAAGAUGAGAAAAUAA